AUGCUUUGUAUUACUGCCAUUUUAGCUCUAAUUUUGGUUGGUUGCUCUGAAGCAGUUCCACUAAAAGAAGGUCCAUCAUCACCUCCUGCAUGCUCCAGUGCAGUGUGCAAAGAGACGGCCAAGCACUUCGUCGACUCGAUGAACGCCACCGCCGACCCGUGUGAAGACUUUUGGGAGUUCACCUGCGGCGCCUGGAAAGGCAAGUCAAUUCCCGAAGACAAAACCUCGGUGUGGCUAUUCACCGAAAUGGAAGACCGGCUGGACGAGCAGAUUCGAGAGCUGCUGACCAAGUUCAACGCCGAAAGUGACGGAAAGAAGAACUCUCGAGCGGUGACGCUGGCCGCAUCG